UCUGUAAGUAGGACACUUACCACCUGCUGCUCCUCAUUACAACCUUUUGUUCAAAAUAUUUCACAAGCUGCAAUUCCAUCUGCAUGACUUUACAUGCUAUGCCUAUUCCUAUGUACUUGAAGCCAAUGGGUUAGAUAAUACAGGCAUUUCUCUUCCAACUUUUACUUAGGAAACUUCUCCCCAUGUGGUAGGCAUGAGACAAAUAGUGGAAAUGGAGUGAAACAAUGGCAUUAUUUCUUUUUCCUCAGAAUUCUUUUCUGGACAGACUGGGAUGCCAAUUUCCCUCGCAUUGAAUCUGCCUCCAUGAGUGGUGCUGGGAGGAAAACCAUCUAUAAAGACAUGAAAACUGGGGCAUGGCCUAAUGGACUGACUGUGGACCACUUUGAAAAAAAGGAUAGUUUGGACAGAUGCCAGGUCAGAUGCUAUUUAUUCAGCCUUCUAUGAUGGAACAAACAUGAUAGAAAUUAUCAGAGGACAUGAGUACCUGUCACAUCCCUUUGCUGUGUCUUUGUAUGGGAGUGAGGUGUACUGGACAGACUGGAGGACCAACACACUGGCCAAAGCCAACAAGUGGACAGGGCAGAAUGUCAGUGUGAUUCAGAAGACCAGUGCACAGCCCUUUGACCUUCAGAUAUACCAUCCCAGUCGACAGCCACAAGAUAUUCAGAGCAUCAGAGGGUUAGCAGUGGACUGGGUUUCACGUAAUUUAUACUGGAUUAGCUCAGAAUUUGAUGAAACACAAAUUAACGUGGCCAGGCUAGAUGGCUCUUUGAAAACCUCAAUUAUCCAUGGAAUCGAUAAGCCACAGUGCCUGGCAGCUCACCCAAUCAGGGGGUAA